UUAAACAAGCAAUCACAUAUACCUUAUCAAAACGCAAGCGUACCAGUGAAAAAUCACUUGUCUUACUCGACACGCCAAAGAUGAGAGUCUUCGCGCUCCUUGUGGCCUUCGCAAUCGCGGGCUCCGAGGCUGCGUUUCUAAACUCCCGCGAGAAAAUUACUCAAAUUGACCCACCUGAGCCACCACCGAAAGCAAAAUCACUCUUAGGACUACCCCUCUUUGGACGAGCCAAUCACAAACGCCAGCCACCAGUUACUCAAAUUGACCCACCUGAGCCACCACCGAAAGCAAAAUCACUCUUAGGACUACCCCUCUUUGGACGAGCCAAUCACAAACGCCAGCCACCAGUUACUCAAAUUGACCCACCUGAGCCACCACCGAAAGCAAAAUCACUCUUAGGACUACCCCUCUUUGGACGAGCCAAUCACAAACGCCAGCCACCAGUUACUCAAAUUGACCCACCUGAGCCACCACCGAAAGCAAAAUCACUCUUAGGACUACCCCUCUUUGGACGAGCCAAUCACAAACGCCAGCCACCAGUUACUCAAAUUGACCCACCUGAGCCACCACCGAAAGAGCGGAACUUCAAGGGGCCUGUCAAGCGCGCUGCUCUCGAAGAUAAUGGUGUAGACCGCUGGCCUACAUCCACGGUGAAUGGAAAAAAAGUUGUAGAAAUACCCUACACGGUUACAGCAGGUCUAAGCGCUGCCCAUCAGAAUGCCAUCGAAAGAGCCGUGGCAGAGUUAAACAGCAGGACUUGCAUUCGGUUGGUAGCACGUAACAAUGAAAACGACUACGUCAAGAUUGAUGGUUCGCAGAAUGGAUGUUCAACGCUUAUCGGAAGGCAAGGAGGAGAGCAGACGAUGAUACUGGGAAGCGGUUGUCAAUACAAGGGCAAAGUAAUACAUGAAGUAAUGCACUCACUGGGAUUCCUCCACGAGCAAUGCCGAACGGACAGAGACUCCUAUAUCCAAGUGCAUCCAGAAAGAAUGGUCUCAGGUAAAAGUAAUAAUUUCGAGAAGAUUGGGUCGUCUGUUGUUAUCGUCAGUGAGUACGACUACAACUCCUUGUUGCACUACUCGAAAACCACCUUCGCCAGCGGAAGUAGCCCCGUGAUGGAGGCUACUGAUAACCCCGACAAGCCACUUGGCAAUAAGAACCACCCCUCGAAGCUCGACCUCAAGCGAAUGAACGAGCUCUAUGGAUGCUCCGAGCAAAACGACAACUAUGAGAACUACAUUGUAACGGUGAUAACGAGUAAUAGCUGGGGUGCGGGCACUGACGCGUUGAUCUAUAUGGAGCUGUUCGACACGAAUGAUCAAUCUGCUACUGAAACUGACGUCGCGACGGGAGGCUCGGAGGAUGAUUUUGAGGGUGGCGCGACGGAGCAGUUCUUGGUUCCCUUCAAGGACGUGGGUACGCCCAGCAAGAUCAGGAUCAGGCUCGUCACCACAAACUCGUGGGGAGAGGCGUGGUACCCUUCUGAGGUCCGAGUCUACUAUCCUCGAAGCUCUUCGACUGCAACGUUCAGUACCGCUCAAUGGAUGAAUGCAGGCUCAACCUACAACCUUACUGUCACGACUACCAAGUAGACAUGAAACGGACCACGGAUUUCGGACAUCACCUUCGCUAAUGAGGACUCCACAGGCAGAGCAUUUAGACAUUUAGCUGAAAAUCGUAAUAGCGCUUCUGUAGAUUUUUUUUUUUUUAGCUGCACGUGCAUUAGUUAAAUCAAGAUGUUGAUGUUAUGUAAGCAAUGCUGGAUCUUCGUGCUUUAUCGCGAUACGAUUAAAUAAAACAAGAUGGCAUUA